GACAAAGCUCAGUCACCUCUGAAUUGGAUGUGUUAGCAGGAGGAUCGAGCUCAGCUAGUGGGGGAUAUACCAGGGAAGGAAGGGCUCUGCUGCUCUGCCAUUGGAACUCAUUGCUGGACACACAGGACAAUAAGUUCAUUAUCAAUGAAGGAAAGGAGAAGUCAGAAAUUGUCAAGCAAAUCAAUGAUGGAUUCCAAUCAGAAUGUGAAAUGUAAAAUUGUGGUGGUCGGGGACAGUCAGUGUGGGAAGACCGCCUUGCUACAUGUAUUUGCGAAGGAUUCCUUCCCAGAGAAUUAUGUCCCCACUGUAUUUGAGAAUUACACUGCCAGUUUUGAAAUUGACUCCCAGAGAAUAGAGCUGAGUCUUUGGGAUACCUCUGGUUCUCCUUAUUAUGACAAUGUCCGUCCACUUUCCUAUCCAGAUUCCGAUGCCGUUUUGAUAUGUUUUGACAUAAGCCGUCCGGAGACUCUUGACAGUGUGCUCAAAAAGUGGAAAGGAGAAAUACAGGAAUUUUGUCCCAAUACAAAAAUGUUGUUGGUUGGAUGCAAGUCAGAUCUCCGCACAGACCUCACCACUUUGGUUGAACUAUCAAAUCAUCGACAAACACCAGUGUCAUAUGAUCAGGGGGCAAACAUGGCAAAACAGAUUGGAGCUGCUACGUACAUUGAAUGCUCAGCCUUACAGUCUGAAAACAGUGUGAGAGACAUUUUUCAUGUUGCUACACUAGCUUGUGUAAAUAAGACUAGCAAAAAUCUAAAAAGGAAUAAAACUCAAAGAACAACAAAGCGGAUUUCACACAUGCCUAGCCGACCAGAACUGACCACAGUGUCCACAGACUUGAGAAAAGACAAAGCAAAGAGCUGUAGCAUCAUGUGAAGUAUCAGAGCAACUGAUUUUCUCAACAGCCGUGAAAAUCAGGUUUAAAAAGUUAGUAUGAAGACUGAACGGAAGGCACUGCCAAAGUCAUCAAUUCUGUUGGAAAUCCACCGCUGUUAAGGAUACACGUCACAUUCUGUUUGGUACUUAAGGAUUCAGCAAGUAGACUGUGGGGGGGAAAACAGGAGUUGUCUCCAAAAUGCUUUUUGAAAGAUAUGCCAAAAAAAGAAGAAAGAAA